GCCCCGGCCAGCGAAUUAUCGCCUCCUAGUGGCCGUGGUAACGAACCAGCCGGCGAUAUAUCCCUUCCGCUUUCCGGGUUCACUGUUUCGGUUCAACGCUUCUGUGUGACCUGGUUUUGGUAUCAAUCGAUUCUGACGUUACGUCUCUACAACGCAUGAUAACGAGAAAAAGGCAUCAGGCCAUCAUGUGAUUGUUUAGUGCUCCCAAAGUUUUUGAAAAAUGACGAUUUUCUAUGGUGAUUUGUUCGUGAUAUAGUCGAUUUAGGCGCUGGGAACACGCCGUUUUGCUUGUAAAUACAGCUUGUAAACAAAGACCGUCUCGUCUACAACGCUAUGAUAACGAGAAAAAGGCAUCAAGCCAUCACGUGAUAUGUUAGUGCUCCCAAUGAUUUUGAAAAAUAACGAUUUUCUAUGGUGAUUUGUUUGUGAUAUGGUCGAUUUAGGCGCUGGGAACACGCCGUUUUGCUUGUAAAUACUGCUUGUAAACAAAGACGACCUCUUUUAUGAAUGUUGGCUUGAUAACUGUUAGCGUAGCGGCAUUGUCUUUUGAAAUUUAAUAUGGAAUUAUCUACUGGAAUCGAAGUGGAAAGUGAUUUUGGUGAGAGCUCUGGAGAUGAGUGGGAGUUGGAAGACAUUUCGUCCUCUUCUGAUGAAUCAACAACUCCAAUAUUUAUAAGGCAAUUCUCCAGUUCUGGCAGUUCAGAUAUGCCAAGUACCUCGUCUGCGUCCACAAGCACGACUCGUUCAAGGAGAGGCAGACCAGUAAAAAGAAGAUGGUCACGUUAUAUUGGUCAUGUUAUAUUGCCAGGGUAUCAGUGUUUUUAUUCAUUCUUUUUCAUUUAUUCUUCACUCAUUGUAUAUAAACAUUUUUCGAUGCGAUUAUUCCCACACUGUUUUUUUUAGUCUUUUUGUAUACACUGUUUUGAUGGAUAUCACUUUUUUCUAAAAUCAUCCUUGUUAUAUUUUAUGCAUUGUAUAUAUAUAUCAUCACUGUUUGAUUCAUUUCUUUCAUCAUUUGUUAUCACUGUUUGGUUCUUUUCUUUCGUUUGAGUUGUUGUUUUUCAUCCGAGACCACAAAAAAAAUUCAUUUUUUGUGUAUUUUCAUAUGCUCUUUAUGAAUAGUAAUUUAUGGGUUAGACAGGAAGGGAUAAUUUUCCUAGAUUCGCAAUAGCUUGUAGUUUCUGGCCUCCAACUUUGGUGGUCGUGGCGUUUAUAGUUUUUUUGUGAGUAUUUCGUUUUCAAGGUCACUCGAUUUUGAUCAAUUUUCGCCAAUAUUUACUAAGAGUGAAAACAUCGAUUAGUUUGACCUACAUAUUCGGCGAGUCGGUUGGAAUGUGGUAAAAAUGAAAG